CACCAGCCCCGCGCGCGGCCUUGUGCUACCAACCAAAGCGCGCAGCUCCAAGAAACCCACAGAAUCCGAGAUCUCCCUCUCCAACCUGAUCGAUCCCGGCUUGUCGUUGCAGUUGUAGUUGGGCAAUGGCGACCGAUGCGAUCCUGGAGACGAUCAAGCCGCGGCGGAGCGCGUGGCAGGACGACCUCCCGGUGACGACCGCCGCCGGGGGCGCGGGGAACAAGGGCGGCGGCAAGGUGGACCUGUCCGGGAUGCGGCGGCGCGUGUCGUCGUCCCUGUCGCUGCACCUCCAGCCGCUUUCCUCCUCGUCGUCGGAGGCGCUCCGGCGCGCGCGGUCGAUGCCGUCGAUCAAGGCCCUGGCGGCGGCGGGCGCGGUGCGGCGGUGGUGGGAGUGGGGGCUCGGGUGGGUGAUGGAGCGGAAGCCGUCCUUCGCGCGCGGCCUCGAGAUGAGCGACGACGAGAAGGCCGCGCUGGGGUGCCACUGCCGCGGCACGCUCCGGCACGUCUUCUACAAGGCGCGCGCCGAGGUGCGCCGCCUCCUGGGCCGCGACGGCCUCCCGCUCGGCGGCGGCGGCGGGCACGGGCAGGACUUCGGGUACGACUCCGUCAGCUACGCCCAGAACUUCGACAACGGCGACGUCGGCGCCAGGUGUUAG